AUGCAAGAAGUUGACUUCACCGAUGUUGUGGAUAAAAGAUUCAAGUGGCCUACCAAUUUUUGGCCUCAAGAUAAGAAGUAUAAAGAGUUAGGAACGUGGAAUAAUUAUAAUGCUUCGAAUGCUUUGGAGUCUCUGACCAUGGUGUCAUUUUCGAGGGCUCAUGGAUGGUCGAGGAAAGAGGUUAUUGCGUUUCUUAUUGGUGUGAGGAAGGAUCUGAACAAUCCGAGUAUUCAUGCCUAUAAUCCAAUAUGUUCAAUCUAUGGAAAGAAGCCUGAUGCUUAA